CAUCUUCGGGAAUCAGUAGUGGCGCAUGUGUUUCCGUUGCCGUUGAGGUGGGAAGCCUGCGAAGAAGUCCCGGAUGUACGCUGCUUCUCCACGCCCGGCUUCUAAAGGAGCUGUUCGCCCCGCUUUAGGCGCAUGCGCGUUCUGCGGAGCGUUGUUUCCUUGGCAGCUGUUGUUUGUUUUCGGCAAAAGUACCGUAACAGGCCGCGGAGGGGGAUAAGGAAGAAACCAAGUGGCGGGGGGGAGAACCGGCAGCCGCGGCAACAGCGGCCCUAACUCGAGGCGGUGCCGGAGACCCGGUCAAAAAUGCUGAACUUUGAAAAAGAAAAGUGUAGUGUAUUGAGCCAUUCUUAAUAUAGGACUGAAAAUGCCACCAGCGGAGAGUGAGGCAAAGGCAAAAACCAAGGUUCGCUUUGAGGAAAUAUUCAGGAGUCAUUCUGGGCUAACAGAAAAAAAGAAAUCAAAGAAGCAAAAAUUUCACUCUCAUGAGAAUAUUGUGCUUGACACCUUUAGAAAUAAUCUUGAUCUAGCUAAAGAAAGUGGAAAUGAUGAGGUAAUUAUAAACAACACUUAUAAUCCUGAGGAAAAGAGCCCCCGGUUUACAAAAAACAAACUAAGAGACAAAGCCUCAGUUGCAGAAAAAAUAAACAAUGAUGUUGUUAGUGGAGAAGAAAACAAGCAACCAAAGUCUAACAAGAAGAAAAAGAAAGCAGUGUUACAAGAACAAUUUAAUGAGGAGGAAAAGGUAUAUGAAACUAAAUUGGAGAGUUUUGAAAAACCGAUUACUGAUUUGCCAAAGAAAAAAACAAAAAGUAAAUCACAAACAGAUGCAUCUCGUCAAAAAGGUAACAACAAGAUAAAAAGUACCUUGAAUGAAGCGAGAGAUGUUACUGAAUUAGAAGAGGAAGAACAGCUAAUUCAAGCCUAUCAGCUGCAAGUGGCUGAGGAUGAGGCAAAUAUAAUUAAGGAGAAAAUAAGAAAAAAACUUAAAGAACAGAUGUCUGAAUUCACCUCCAGUGUUCAAAGCCAAAAAGUUGUAUUGAACAAUGAAGUGGGCAAAAAGAAGAAAAAGAAGAAAGAAGUGCCAGUUGUAUCUGAAGCUGAAACAAGUGCGAUGUCCCUUGCUGAACUACAGCAUAACCCACUGGAAGAUAAUACCAGAAAAAAGAAGUCAUCAGGAAGACUGCUUGCAUCAUAUUUUAAAGAUGAAAUGAACACAGAGGAACACAAGGAGGAGGAAGAUGUGGAAAAACUGAAACCUAAAAUAAAGAAAGCAAAAAAGAAAUCCCCAAAAGCAUUAGAAGAAAAUACAGAAAUUGCUGCAGAAAAUGUACAGGAAACGAACAGUCCAGAAGUUUGUACUCAAUCCAAACUUGCUUUUGAUGACAGCCUUGUGUUAGGGGUUUACAUCCAUCGAACUGAUAGACUUAAAACUGAUCUCAUGGUUUCGCAUCCCAUGGUCAAGAUUCAUGUGAUUGAUCAGAAAACUGGUUUGUAUGUCAAGAAAGAGCAUAGCAGCCGGGCGGUUUCAUCUUUUUAUGAACAAGAGCGAGUGGAGCACAUUCUUCCUAUUAUGACCCAGCCUUACGAUUUCCGACAAUUUAAAUCAACACUUCCAGAAUGGGAGGAACAAAUCAUAUUUAAUGAACGUUUUAGUUAUUUCCUUCAAGAUGCUGAAGAAAGCCCCAAAGUAGUCCUGUUUUUUGAGAUCCUUGAUUUCUUAAGCAUGGAUGAAGCAAGAGCCAACUCUGAAGUGCAAAUUAAGGAAAGUGGUUUUCGCAAAAUCUCUUGGGCAUUUCUAAAGCUUGUAGGUGCAAACGGAGUCCUAAACAUUGAUGGGAAACUACGUCUGCAAUUAUAUUAUCCACCUCCAAGGACCAGGACACAGUCAAAUGUUGUUGAGGUUUUUGAUUGGUGGGCAAAAGGUCCUAGAAAUCGUUACCCAUCAACAUUAUAUGUAACUGUAAAAGGCAUAAAACUACCAGAUCAUGUAGAUCCUUCUUUCCGUUCUAUGAUGGCUGUUCAGCAGGAACAAGGUAGCACGUCAUUCCGUGAGCUCCAGAAUGAGGUAUCAAAAAAAGCUACUGUAUAUAGUCCACAUGAGAAAAAGGAGCAGUUGAAAUGGACAAGACUGCCUGGACAGGCUUGUCGUAUACCAAACAAGCAUCUCUUUUCACUGAGAGCAGGAGAUAUGGGAUGUUUCUGUAUUCGUUUUUCUCAAGAUGGAAAAACAUUAGCAGCAGCCUGUGCAGGGAGGGAUGGUUAUCCCAUUAUUUUAUAUGAGAUUCCUUCUGGACAAUACUUGAGAGAAUUUUAUGGCCACCUUAAUAUUGUAUAUGAUCUUUGUUGGUCAAAAGAUAAUGAGUACCUCCUUACUGCAUCCUCUGAUGGCACUGUCAGAAUGUGGAAAAUUGAGACCCAGGCUACAACUUCUGUGAGAGUUUUCCCUCAUCCUUCAUUUGUUUACACUGCAAAGUACCAUCCAGUUGCUGACUAUCUUGUGGUGACAGGAUGUUAUGACUCUGUAAUUAGGGUAUGGAAUACAAAAGUGAAAGAGCUCUAUGGUCAGUUGCUACAGGAGUUUGAUGGUCACAAAAGUUUCAUCAAUACACUGUGUUUUGAUGCAGAAGGACUUCACAUGUUCUCAGGAGACAGCUCAGGGCUGAUUAUAGUUUGGAAUACCUUUGUCAAAGGAAGUUCACAACAUCCAGUCCAACACUGGGGUAUUAAUAAGGAAAUAAAAGAAAAUGAUAUUAAAGGGACUCCAAUAAAUCAUUUAGAGGUACAUCCAAAUGGAAGACGUUUAUUAAUCCAUGCCAAAGACAGUGCUCUGAGAAUUAUGGAUCUCAGAAUCUUGGCUACAAAGAAAUACAUAGGUGCCACAAACUAUAGAGAGAAGAUUCACAGUACCUUAACACCAUGUGGGACAUUUCUUUUUUCUGGAAGUGAAGAUGGGAUAGCAUAUGUUUGGAAUCCAGAAACAGGUGACCAAGUAGCCAUGUAUUCUGACCUCUCCUUCACAUUUCCAGUUCGAGAUGUCGCCUUUCAUCCACAUGAACACAUGGUGUCAUUUUGUGCCUUUGGUCAAAAUCAGCCAAUACUUGUGUACAUUUAUGAUUAUAAAGUUGCACAGCAGGAGGCUGAAAUAGUAAAAGAUCUCAAUGGGUCACUCACAUCAACAACACCCAGAGGGCCACAAAUUCUUAGCAAUUCUUCUCAUAUUUCUGCACAGAAUGAUUCAACAAUGUCUCCAGCAGAUCAAUUUGUCAGUGUUGCAAGAGUAUCUAUGAGAAUGCAGAAAGUGAAGCAGAAACUUGACUCUGUUAUGACCAGCUCAAAUCUCAUGCUUCCGGCUCCAUCACUGCUCUCGCCACACUCCAAGUUAAGGCUGCCAAGUACUCUGGGCACUUCACUGAUUCCUCAGUGUCCUUUCACGUCUCAAAACGGGAGUUUCAGCCCAGUAGGAAGUCCUCUUAGCCGAACACCAUCAGUCAGACUACAGACGAGUGAUGACCUUCUGGUUACAUCAUGUAUGAGAGGAGCAAAUAAUUCUACACCAGUGCAAGAGAUAGUAGUGGCUCUUUAUGACUACACAGCGCAUCGAUCAGAUGAGCUAACCAUCCAUCGCAGUGACAUUAUCCAAGUGUUAUACAAAGAUAAUGAUAACUGGUGGUUUGGCAGCCUAGCAAAUGGACAGCAAGGCUAUUUUCCAGCUAAUUAUGUGGCUGGUGAAACUGAAUAUGAAAAGGAACUGUCUUCUGAAUUAGUACCAGAUUCUACUCCUCUUCUACACCGUGAACAAACAGAAGCAGAAGUAAGAUAUCCAGCGCCACAUGGGAUGUCAGCAGUCAUCACCAAGUCAGGGGACCUGAAAUUUAUCUCAGAGCAUGACACAAAUAUAGACUCACCUGUGACACAAGUUACAAAGAAGAAGAAAAGGAUACUGAAGAAUGAAACAAUGGAAAAUCCGCCAAAUUUAAUGGCUCUUGACACCCCUGUAUCAUCAAUUACCACUAACAGUGUUGAAAACAAGCCUAGAACACAUGGGUUAGAACUGAAGAAGAAGAAAAGAGCAGUGAAAAACUCAAGUGCAAGUGGAAAGACAAAUGUUGCCUUUGAGCCCGACAGUUGA